AUGGGUUUCCUAAACCGUCUUCUGUACAUUACGGUAGCAGUGCUAAUCUUGGGCUUAGCAUCUGGUGCUGCAUUCAACUCUGGGAUUUGUCCGCCUAAGAACAAAGUAUACAACGACAAACCAACUUGCUUUUCUGAUGCGGACUGUCAGAAAUACGGCAAGAUUUGCUGCCCCAACCAAUACAACACAAAAUCCUGUACCGAUAGAUCACCUUACUUCCAAAAAUCCUUCAAGAAGACUGGUUAA